CCAAUUUUCUUCCAAGAUCUCCAUUCGAUUACUAUUAAUAUUAACAAAUUAUUGAAAUACUAUUAAAUAACGAAUAAGAUAAUUAAUUGUUCAUUUAUCCAAUGAAAAUGGUUGAGGAGAUUCAAAAGAAACUUUCUAACGAAUUAGAAAAAUAUAAAGCAGCACAGAAAGAGUAUCAGAAAGUAAUAUCACAACGACAGCAAUUAGAUGGUCAAUUAAAUGAAAAUAAAGUUGUAAUGCAAGAAUUGAAAAUUUUAAAAAGCGAUUCUGAGGUUUAUAAACUGAUGGGACCUGUACUAAUCAAACAAGAUCUAGAAGAAUCAAGGCAGAAUGUAGCUAAGAGAAUAGAAUAUAUAGAGAAGGAAUUAAAUAGAAUGAACGGUGUUAUUACAGAUCUGGAUAAGAAACAGGAUAAACACCGUGAUGCUUUGCAGAAGCUUCAACACCAGUUUCAGCAAGCACAAGUAAAAGCAGCAAUGAAAGCAUAAGAGUGAAAUAAUAUUACAAAAUUAUAAUAAUUAGUAUUUUGAUC